CUCCCGAGUGUCAUGAAAAACCUCCCAUCUACACUACCAAGCUGGACAUCUUCUUAUUCGGUCAUCUCAUCAUUCACACUGUUAUAUCGGUGAUUUCCCUGAAGUCUCCUACUUUACUCCUGAGGUUGUCAAGCACGUGGAUGAUGGGAAGAUGGAGCUCAUGCGUCGAAGCACUGCUGUCCAUGGGGACAAAAUGGGAGAGAAACACGCUCUUUAUCCUCUUGUUGUUAGCUGCCUCCAUGACCGACCUCAACAGAGACCAUCAGUUGACGAAAUGACUGUCUCACUCAGAAAGUUGUUUCUACAGUACCCCAGGAUGGCAUUUCUGAAUGCUUGUAAGACGGGUAAUGUGGGUGUGGUUCUAGAGCUACUGGAGUGUGGGGCUGAUCCCAACCAGGCAGACAAGGAUAGUGCUCUUUACUGGGCUAGUGACAAUGGACAUGAUGAGAUAGUGAGGGUCCUCUUAGCAGCCAAGGCUACAGUCAACAUUCAGAAUAAGUCGGGACAGACCCCUCUUUGGGUAGCCAGUUUCGAUGGUCACCAGAAAUGUAUGGAGCUCCUAAUCGAUGCUGGGGCCAAUGUUGAUGUACCCAGAGAGGAUGGAACCACUGCAUUGUGGGUAGCUGCUCAGAAUGGUCAUGUGAGGGCAGUGGAAGUGUUGAUUGCUGCAAAGGCUAGAGUUGACGUUCAAAAUAAGGAUGGAACCACUGCAUUGUACAUGGCCAGUAAGGAAGGUCACUGUGGAGUUGUUAGAAUGUUGUUGGAGGCCAAGGCUGACGUUCACAACAAGACUAAUGACAACCAGACAGCUCUGCAUGCAGCCAGUAAUCAUGGACAUGAUGAGAUAGUGAGGGUCCUUUUAGCAGCCAAGGCUACAGUCAACACUCAGACCAAGUCGGGAAUGACCCCUCUUUGGGUAGCCAGUUUCAAUGGUCACCAGAAAUGUAUGGAGCUCCUAAUCGAUGCUGGGGCCAAUGUUGAUGUACCUCAAGAGGAUGGAACCACUGCGUUGUAUGUAGCUGCUCAGAAUGGUCAUGUGAGGGCAGUGGAAAUGUUGAUUGCUGCAAAAGCUAAAGUUGACAUUCAACAAAAGGUGAGAUUUACUGCUUGUCUGUUUUAUAUUAUUUGGUUAUUGUACAGGUUGGUGGGACGGCAUUGCACGUUGCCAGUCAGAAUGGUCACUGUGGAGUUGUUAGAAUGUUGUUGGAGGCUAAAGCUAAUGCCCACGUCAAGACUAAUGACGGAUGGACUGCCUAUGAUCUGGCUAGUAGGAAUGGACACAUGUACACUCAUAGACAAGUGUGUAAACUACUCCACUGACUUUGUACCUUAACUGUACUGUUACCAUGGCAGCUAGCCUCUGAUAGAUUGCUUUUAAUUUAUACACUACAUCAUUUUGUAUUUUUUUAUCUACAGUUUCUCGUGUAUUUCACCAUACAGUUGACAUUUUUUUUAUGUAAGAAAUUUGGUCAAUAAUAAUUAUAAUGGAAAAUUGUGCAAAAUUA